ACAAAACGCUUUGGGUAGCGGUGGCUCCUUGUCUUUGGCUUUAUGCUCCUCGCUUUGGCGUGUGUGCAGUGCAGAGGAGGAGCUGCUGCGAAAUCCAUUUACCGUUGCUUUGUCGGCAAACAGGCUCGACCGUCACAAGCUCGCAUUGCAACACGCACAGAUUCUAUGUGAUUACUCGAUCGCGCCUCUCUUGCCAGAUUGAAGGUCUACUUCAUUGCCCGCUCAUCAGUUGCAUCUACACGUCGUCUUCCAUUAGACACGUUUGCAUUGCUUCAUCUGAUUUGGGUGCGGCCAUGGAGGUCGGCAUCGAGGCGGCGCGAUGGGUGGUCGGUAGGGCGCUUGUCCCCGCCUCGGGCGGGGUGCUGGAGGCCUGGGCGGCAAGCUCCGAGCUCGGCCCCAACAUCCGGGAUCUGAGGAUGGAGCUGCUGUACGCGCAGGGGAUGCUCAACAACGCCCGCAGCCACGGUUACGGCCAUGGCCCGGAGAUCAAGAACCCGGCCCUGGGGGAGCUGCUGCAGGAGCUCCGGGACCUGGCGUACAGGGCCGACGACGUGAUGGACGAGCUCGACUACUUCCGCAUCCAGGACGAGCUCGACGGCACCUACCAUGCCGCUGACGAGCAUGCCGGGGGCUGCCUCCGCAACUACGCCCUCAAUGCUCGCCAUACCGCGAGAGCCAUUGCAAGCAUGCUUGGCUUCUCCAAGUGCUCCCGCGGCUCCGCUGGCCAUGAUGAGCCAGAUGAAGAAGAUACAAGGGGCCGAGGAAUCUCGUGCGGAGUUUGCCCAUGUCUUGGACCUAAAACUCAUGUUGAUGAUAAUGAGCAAGAAGAGGAUGCAAGCCUAAAAGUCCGGUGUGGAGCUGUUUGGCCGUGUGGAAGGGCCUCCUCGACGUCGUCGCCGACCAACCAGCAGGGCGACCAAGAGGUUGUUCAAAGCUCAGAUGAGGGUGGCAAUGGCUGCAUCGGCAGGCUCGCCACCGGUGCCUCCGACACCAUCAACACUGUCGGUAAACACCUUCCAUGCUUCUCUGUUUCACCUGUCCAAAAUGAUGCCAACCCCAACACUGCAUCGAGUGGACGUCGAUUCCUCUGUUGUGCCCGUCCCAACAAGGCGCCACGGAGAGAAUGCGUCGGACAGACACCAAAACUCAAGUUUGAUAGGGUUGAAAUGUCCCGAACAAUGAAGGAGAUUGUAGAGCAGUUAAAACCUCUUUGUGCCAAAGUAUCUGCAAUUCUUAAUCUGGAGUUCUUGGCAGCCAACUCUAGCACUGCCCAGCGAAUGGCUACAAGUCGGCCCAUAACCACCUCACAGUCUAUAGAGCCUGAACUUUAUGGUAGAAAGAAAGAGACAAGUAAUAUUAUUCAUGACAUUACCAAGGGAGAAUACUGUGACAAGGACCUUACGGUGCUUCCAAUUGUUGGUCCAGGGGGCAUCGGGAAGACAACUCUAAUGCAAUACAUAUACAGUGAUGAAAAACUUCAGAACCAUUUUGAAGUAAAAUUGUGGGUGUGUGUAUCUGUCAAUUUCAAUGUGCAUAGGUUGACACAAGAGGUUGCUGAUAAACUCCCAAAAGACGAAAAGAAUAGUGGAGAUAAAAAGAUUGAAGAACAACUAAAAUCUAAAAGGUUUCUGCUUGUGUUGGAUGAUAUGUGGGACUGUAGAGAUGAGGAUGAGUGGAAAAAGUUUUUAGUACCUUUCACAAAAGGACAAAAGGGGAGUGUUAUUCUAGUCACAACAAGGUUUCCCGCGAUAGCACAAAUGGUUAAAACAACUGAUCGUUGGAAAGACUUGGAGGGUUUAGACCGUGAAUCAUUUGAGGAGUUAUUCAUAGCAUGUGCCUUUGGUGACAAUCAAUCAAGAAAUGAGCAUAGAGAAUUAAUUGAAACUGGAGAUAAGAUAUUGGGAAAACUAAAGGGAUCCCCUCUUGCUGCAAAAACUGUUGGAAGAUUGUUGAGAAACCACCUAGAUCUGGGCCAUUGGACUAGAGUGUUAGAAAGUAAAGAAUGGGAACUACAGCAUGGAGAUCAUGAUAUUAUGCCAGCAUUGAAGCUUAGCUUUGAUUAUCUCCCUUUCCAUCUGCAACAAUGUUUUACCUAUUGUGCAUUGUUUCCAGAAGAUUACAAAUUUGGUGCAGCAGAAUUAAUUCACCUUUGGAUAGGACUAGAUGUUUUGCAUUCACGUGGUGAAAAUAAAAGUAUUGAGGAUAUAGGACUAAGGUAUUUAAUAGAACUGGUUAACCAUGGAUUUUUCAAAAAGGAAGAAGAUGAAUAUGGGCGCACUUAUUAUAUCAUUCAUGAUCUGUUACAUGACUUAGCUAUGAAGGUUUCAGCAGAUGAAUGCCUUAGCAUAUGCAGUUCAGACAAUGUGAGAUCCUUACAAAUCCCCCAGUCGAUACGCCACUUAUCUAUCAACAUGGAUGAGUCAAGUGUCAAGGACAGGAAGACUUUUGAUAUCUGUAAUAUCUGUAAGGAAGAUUUUAGUGUGCUGGGGAAAAAGUUGAAAUUUGAGAACCUACACUCAUUGAUGUUAUUUGGGGAAGAUCAAGGUAGCUUUGUGAAGACUUUUCGUGGUUUGUUCCGUAAAGCAAAAGCCAUUCGUGUUAUUUUUAUAUCUGGAGGAAACUAUAGUGUGGAAGACUUAUUGCACAACUUUUCAAACCUUGUCCAUCUCCGUUAUCUUCGGAUAGCAGGAUCACAAACACCCAAGGACAUUUCAAGAUUUUACCACCUCAGGGUCGUAGAUAUAAAAAAAUGUCGUAGUUCUUACGAUUUACCAAGACAUAUGGGCAAUCUCUUAAAGUUGCGUCAUUUUCUAGUUCCAGACGAUGAAAUGCAUGCAAGCAUUUUUGAAGUGGGGAGAUUAAAAUCACUACAAGAGCUAAGAAGAUUUGAGGUUAGAAAAGAAAGUAAGGGUUUCGAAUUGAUGCAGAUGGGACAUUUGCUAGAGCUUUGCGGAUCAUUGAGAAUCGACAGCCUUGAAAAUGUUGAAGGUAGGGAAGAAGCAGAUGAAGCAAAGUUAAUGCAUAAAAAACACUUGCAUGAGUUAAUGUUGAAUUGGAAUUUUGAACGAGCCAACGAGGAUCCUGGACGUGAAGAACAAGUUCUCCAAGGCCUCAAGCCACACAGCAUUCUUCUAAAGCUAAGCAUUAGAGGGCAUGGGGGUGCCACCUGCCCUUCAUGGCUAGGUGUGAACCUCUCGGUUGAAAACUUGGAAUCUCUUUGCCUAGAUGGUGUGGCUUGGAAAAUGUUUCCACCUAUCGGUGAGUUUCAGCUUGUUAAUGGAGCUGCUGAAGAAAUUUCGAGUAAUAUCCCUGGCCAACACUUUAAAAAUUUGAAGAGGAUAGAACUUGCAAAUUUAGCAAGGCUGCAAAGAUGGGUCGUAGGUAGCUCCGGUCAACUGUUAUCCCACUUGGAAGAGCUCAUCAUCAGAGAUUGCCCUGAACUCGUGGAGCUGCCAUUUUCUAAUUCUACUUGCAUUGAGCAGGAGCAGAAGACCACGUUUCCUAGACUACAAAAGCUGGCUAUCUAUUCCUGCCCGAAACUGGUGUCCUUGCCUCCUGUUCCUUGGACCAGCUCUCUGCGCUCUGUUCAUAUAUACAGAGUUGGUUUAGACUUUGAGUCAGUGAACUACGGGAAGGAUCAACGUGAAGGAAAGGGCCCUAUGUUGUACAUUGAAGGAAAGGGCCGUGCUCAGGAUAUGACGGCGUCGUUCUGGACGGUAUUGGGCUUUGACAAGUUAACCGGACUAGAGAGCUUGGUUAUAAGCCGCAAUUGCCCUCUCCUGCCACUCGAUGUCCUCCAAAAGCUGUCGUCAUCUAUAAAGUUUCUGAACCUAAUCGAGUGCAACAUGCUUAGUGGGAAGGAACUAGGACAAAUGCUCUCUUGCAUGCCGCAGCUCUCAGAACUGUACAUUUCUGGAUGCGAGAAGAUUACAGGGUUAGGUGUGGUGGAGCAGCUGGAGGAGGGAAAGGAGGAAAUAGCAACAGAUGAGUUGCUGCUCUUACCUCCCCAACUACAGAGGCUGCAGAUUCUUGAGUGCCCAGAGCUAAGCCUCCGCCCCGAUUCGGGAGGGCUCCAAGGUCUGGCCUUUCUCGUUUCCUUGUGUGUUCACCAAUGCCCCAAGUUCCUCGCCAGCUAUUUACCUUGGCCCUCUUCUUCUUGUUUCCCCUUCCCAACCUCCCUGCAAUACCUCAAUCUCUCUCGCAUGGAGACGCUGGCGCCCCUCUCAAACCUCGCCUCUCUCACGAAGUUGUCGAUUGAGGGAUGCGGGGAUUUCGGAGGCGUGGAUUUGGGGCAUCUCCUUGCCAACGGCUGCCUCCGCGAAUUAUCCGUCUAUGAAACUCCCAACAUUUUCUUCUCCACUGAAUGUUCAGAGGAGCCCUUGGAGUUGGAGAUGCUUCAACUGCAGUCGCUGAGGACGGAUGACGUCGCGAGUGUCCUUGCCGCACCCAUCUGCAGACUCUUCUCUUCCUCCCUCACCAGUUUAUCCAUUUUGAUGGGGGACAUGGAGCGCUUCACAAAGGAGCAGGACGAGGCAUUGCAGUUCCUCACCUCCCUAAAGCGACUCCAAUUGUAUUGCCGCAAGCUGCAGUGCCUCCCGGCGGGCCUACAGAAACUGGCAAACCUCGAAACAUUAGUGAUUCCCGGCACUCCAGGCAUUAUCCACUCCCUGCACAGGGGCAGCCUCCCUGAUUCCCUGCAAGAAUUAUUAAUCACCGGAGGAGGCUUCCAGUCACUGCCCAAGGACAGCCUCCCUAACUCCCUGCGAAAAUUAUCAAUCUACAACUGCUCAGCCAUCCGCUCACUGCCCAAGGAGAGCCUCCCUAAUUCCCUGCAAGAAUUGGAGAUCGACAGCUGUCCAGCCAUCCGGGCGCUCCCCAAGGGCGGCCUCCCAAGUUCACUGCAGAUAUUAGAUGUCCGGGAUGGCAACAGCGAGGACCUAAGAAGGCAGUGCCGCAAGCUGAUUGGAACCGUUCCAGUAGUCAGAGCCUGAUCAAUCAAGUCACUGCUCCAUAUAAUCCACUUGUUCUUACUCAGUAUUACUCUGCAGGUCUCUGUUUCAAAUGUGCGUUCAUCUAACUCAUACGAUUUGCUCUCUAUCGGUUAUUCGGUUCAUAGUUACGAGCUGUUAGAGCUCUUCUUGGAACUGUACAUUCCUGUAGCCUUAUAGAAAUCUUUUAUAUCGAUGGACGAUUCUAUGUUGUCAAGUUUCAACUCUGAAGAUCUCGACAUGUAUCUCCCAUCAUGUAAUGAAACUGAUACAUGAGUUUAGCCAAUUUAAGAGAACCUGCUUGGAUUACUGCUUAUUGCCUUGAGGUAUGUGGCUUACAUGCUACUCGGCUGCACUUCCUUAUUGUGGACAAAACUUCUCUUUGACAGAUGUUGCUGCACCAAUGAUCUUUCAAUAGUGUCAAAGUUGGGAGUUUGGGGAACUAAACAGGCCCCAUAGGUGGUUGUAUUCUUGUGACUCAAGUUGUUUAUGCAUAGAAAUUCAGUCGAUUUGAGCUACAAAUGUUUACACCACCCUGCACCUUAACGAUGCAAAUGUCAGUCGACAUUCACAAGCUCCUAAGGUGAUUGUCAUCAUCCGGCACACGAUCCUCUUCAAGGACCGUCCCAAGGCCCUCAUCUCAAAACCAGCAACAAAGGAGAAGACGACCAAGCAACCAGCAGCAGAUUGACAAAAUCGACGCCAUUUCGGGAAGGGAUCAGCAGCAACUUGCCACCAUGCCAGCAAUUUCGUGGAACCUUGGUUUGGCUGCGUGCAUCCAGGUUCUCUGAACAUGAGAUUAUUCCUGUAAUAAUUGGGCGAAGAUGGAUGCCGUGUUUGGGUUGGUUGAUGCGUUAUAUGGCCAUUCCUUUGCAUAAGGAUGUAUACUUGUAUUGUUUGAUGCUUUCUUGGUGGUCAGAAAAUGAAAUGAUCUCCAAUAAAAAAUUGAAAUGAUGACCUCUACUGAAAGCAAAAUCAGCACAUAUAAAUAAAUGUCACUAUAGUGGCUGAUGUUAUCUUGAUCC